AUGAAUGUCCUCAAGCUUCAAAAGCGGUUUCCACAGCUUGAACAAGGCGCGAUCUUCUCCCUCCAGGAUGCCUUCAACAGACUAGACGUGGAAGAUCGAGGCUACAUCGACGAAUCUACUGCGAUCAAAGCUGCUCAACUAUCAGAACGCCAGCCGUAUGACGUAGUGCGUGCGGCUUUGAAGGACGUGGAACUCGAUAGUUCACGACGGGUGGAACUCGAAGAUUAUGUUGAUCUAGUUUCAAAACUUCGAACGGCACCGGCUGAAGGCAUCCGUGCACCUUCCACUCCCGCUGCUGUGAUUCAAGGGGCCGGCGCUGGCACUGGGGCGUCUCGACAUGUCUCCAAGGGCAGCGUCGGUGGGCGGAUCCAUGUUCAGGGAUCAUCUUCCAAUGUCACACAUACAAUCAACGAAGACGAACGAACCGAGUUCACGCGACACAUCAAUGCUGUUCUGGCGGGCGACGCAGACGUUGGAAACCUGCUGCCGUUUCCCACUGAUACGUUCGAGAUGUUUGACAAGUGCAAGGAUGGCCUAGUUUUAGCAAAACUGAUCAACGACAGCGUACCGGAUACCAUUGACGAGCGUGUUCUGAACAAAGCCGGGAAGAAGAUCAAACUACUGAAUGCUUUCCACAUGACCGAAAACAAUAACAUUGUUAUUAAUUCUGCCAAGGGCAUCGGAUGCUCAGUUGUCAACAUUGGAAGCGGGGAUAUCAUUGAGGUGCGCGAGCAUCUCAUCCUGGGUCUCAUCUGGCAAAUUAUCCGCCGUGGUCUGCUUGGAAAGAUCGAUAUCAAACUUCAUCCUGAGCUUUAUAGGCUUUUGGAUGAGGAUGAAACCCUGGAGCAGUUCUUGCGCUUGCCUCCAGAGCAGAUUCUCCUCCGUUGGUUCAACUACCACCUUAAGAAUGCCAAAUGGGACAGACGAGUGACGAACUUUUCUACCGAUGUCAAAGAUGGUGAGAACUAUACCGUUUUGCUCAACCAAUUGGCGCCGGAUAUUUGCUCGCGUGGCCCUCUUCAGACUCGUGACCUGCUUGAGCGGGCUGAACAGGUUUUGCAGAACGCCGAUUCGCUUGAUUGUCGCAAGUUCUUGACCCCGUCAUCCUUGGUCGCCGGAAACCCCAAGUUGAAUCUUGCCUUUGUCGCCAAUCUGUUCAACACCCAUCCAGGAUUGGACCCUAUCACCGAGGAGGAGAAGCUCGAAGUUGAAGACUUUGACGCUGAAGGUGAACGAGAGGCUAGGGUUUUCACUCUGUGGUUAAAUUCGUUGGAUGUGCAGCCCGCAGUCAACUCACUCUUCGAUGACCUACGUGAUGGUACGGUUUUGUUGCAGGCAUACGACAAGGUUAUUCCCCAAAGCGUCAAUUGGAGACAUGUCAACAAGCCCCCGACAUCUGGUGGUGAAUUGAUGCGGUUCAAGGCAGUGGAAAACACCAACUAUUCGAUUGAGCUUGGGAAACACAACGGAUUUUCUCUUGUCGGUGUUCAAGGUGCUGAUAUCACUGAUGGCCAGCGAACCCUCACUCUUGGAUUGGUAUGGCAGCUGAUGCGUCGUGAUAUCACUAACACCCUCUCUGCAUUGGCCCAACGUCUGGGCAAACGAGAAAUUACUGAUACUGAAAUGAUUCGCUGGGCCAAUGACAUGUCUAGCAGUGGCGGCAGGUCUUCUACGAUACGCAGCUUUAAAGACAAGUCUAUCGGAUCUGGAAUUUUCCUUCUUGAUGUGCUCAAUGGCAUGAAGAGUAGCUACGUGGAUUAUGAUUUGGUCACACCCGGCCGGUCCGACGAAGAGGCAUAUGCAAACGCCAAACUUUCUAUCAGUAUCGCCAGAAAGAUGGGCGCGACCAUUUGGUUGGUCCCCGAAGACAUCUGUCAAGUUCGAUCUCGUUUGGUCACUACAUUCAUUGGUUCCCUUAUGGCUACGCAUGAGAAGAUGUGA